GUAACUGCAGUAUCACGUUUUUUUUUUUUUUUUUGCAGCUGCAUCUUUCACAGCCUCCAUAGGUGCUCCGCUGAUACAUCUCAAGAGUUGUGUGUCUUGAAACCCACAGGCCAAUUGGAGCCAAUCACAAUUCACAGAGCGCUGAAGUUAUGGUCCACGGCGGUGUCAAGUACCCUCCUUCUGUGUUUGUGGUGGACAGUCAUGUCACCAGGCCCCCACUCCCACCCAGACUGACCCAGGAUCAGCAUCAGCAGCACCAGUACCAGCCCCAGUACCAGUACCAGCAGCAGCAGCAGCAGCAGCAGCGUUCCAGACCUGCACAGACCCUCCUGUUCCUGCUGGUGUUCCUGGCCUUGAGCGGCAUGGUCAUAGAAGCCUGUUUUAUUUACCGCCUCUACCAGAACAACAUGGUGAAUUCUGAAGCGUCCUUUGCAAAGUCCAGUGGAGAUAAGGGGACAGGUGAAGACAUUAUUCCCACUACAUGGCACGGACUUAUCGAUCCUCCAUCCAAACCAGUGGCACAUCUCACAGAUGGACUGGAUGUCGUUCACAAAGAUAAUAUUCUGAGAUGGAGUACGAUUGCUCAACCCAUCCUCUACAAACUGGACUACACAGACGGACAGCUGGUCAUUCAGACAGAGGGUUAUUACUAUGUCUACUCUAAGGUUUGUUACGAAGACAAACUUAAAUUUGUCCACUCUAUCCACGUGAAAACUAACAUGUACGCUGGUAAAAGUAUCCCCCUCUUGGAGUCCAGGUCAUACUCCGGCAAGUCGAACAGAAUUCAGUCCAACAGUUAUCUCGGUGGUGUGUUCCACUUCUACAAAGACGACGCCAUUUUUGUUAAAGUGAACAACAUCUCCCAGGUGGUGAGGAACAGAGCCUACGAGAACCUCUUCGGUGUCGUUAUGAUAUAAAUACUGUGUAGAUAUUUCACCAGGAGUCUUCAAAAUCUGGAGAAAGAGGGACUGAAACUGCAUGAAUGUUUUGUUUUGUCCUCAUGAGAACAGAGCGAAGAAGUGUGAAAAAGUCUCUAUACGAGGAAAUGUUAUGAAGGCCAGUAUCUCACAGCUUUUUUAACACUCAAAGACCUAAAUAACUACUGGUGACCAAAACAUCUACUGAUUUAUAAUAUUUAACCCAUAUAGACCCAAACAUCCACCACCAACCGAAACCACCUACUGAAAUAAGAUGUUUAAUACCUGCUGAGCUACU